AUGAGAAAAUGCGAUUUGAGAGGACCACCAGCUAGAGAAGAAGAAAGAUUUGUAUGGACUUCUCAAGAUAUCAUCUUACCGCCUUAUGUGAAAAUUGUUGAUAAUACACAACAUAUAGCUAGCUUGACGGAACCUAUGGAUUUUUGUAUAGGAUUACAAAUUGAGAGGAAUCGAGGAUAUCGUAUAAAAAGUCUACAUAGCUUUCAAGACAGAAGUUAUCCUAUAGAUGCUGUAUUCAUGCCUGUUCGAAAUGCGAAUCAUAGUAUUCAUUCUUAUGGAAAUGGGAACGAAAAACAAGAGAUACUUUUUCUCGAAAUAUGGACAAAUGGAAGUUUAACUCCUAAAGAAGCACUUCAUGAAGCUUCCCGCAAUUUGAUUGAUUUAUUUAUUCCCUUUUUACAUAUGGAAGAAAAAAAUUUCCAUUUAGAGGACAAUUUUUGCCUAAAUUGCGGAGUAAAUGGGCUUCUAAAUGCGAUAUUUCGUUAG